UUCGUAACCAAGCUGCGGGAUGCAGGAAGAGAUGUUUCUACCUGGGUUUUUAGUAUUUCUGUUAAAUUUCGGACAUUUGGAGUCCAGUUCGACUGACCAAUACAAGGACGUUUUCGCUAUGACGACGAAUUGUUUGGCACAUGAUCGGCGUGGACCCCAUUACCUCACACAAUACGAGAAAUACCUGGUCACAUGGGACGGGGAAGAUUUUUUUAUUUGUAUGGUGAUGUUUGAGGCGCAGAACAACGCUAACGUUGACACAAACUUUAAAGUGUGCUUUAGAAUGUUACAAAACAACAAUUUUACUGACUGUGGCGUCAAGCUGAAAUACUACAGCACCUACCAGGAUGGCAAGCCAGAUAUUAUUUACACGUGCGGUGAAAACGUGCCUGACGAAUGGUGUAGUACCAGUCAAGAGGCCAAAUUGUACCUUUUUACACUUGGAGUCACAAACACUUCCUUUAGGAUAGAAGUCGUCGCUUAUGCAGAUAUCAACUUAUCCAAAGUAGCGUGUGUAGGUAUCGGUAUAGUAUCUCUGGCCGCCAUCGUCUUCCUUAUACUUAUCAUCACGUGGAGUGUGCGCAGGCGCAAACCCAGCAGUGACGAUUCAAUACAAACUCUGAACGUGGCGAGUUCGAUACAGAAGUCGAAUGGCGAGGAAUAUCCCCUGGAUAAUAAAUAGGUAAUUAACAGGUUAUAACAACUUUAAACCCGCCGAGAAUACCCGGUGAUUAAACCCGACAGCUAUAAGUACAUCCUGGAUGUAAACAAGUCUAUAAAUAGUACGUGCCUUUAUUUUCACGUGUUUCUAAUACAGAGUGGGCGUUUCCUGCUGAACACGUGGCAUAUUUUGAAGGAUGAGUUGCAAUAGAUGGCGCUUUCCACUGAAGAGAAAGAAUGGCUAAAUGAUGGCCUGCCCGGAGUAAGCUGUGUAGAUUCUUAAGCCUUGAUAUAUCACGGUACCAGUAACGAUAUGAUUCUAUAAAAUGAUUGUUGAGAGAAGCAUAAAACACCAAAAGCCCUUAUUAUUAGGCUGUAUUUACUUGUCAACCAUACCUAGUAAACUAAUUCAUACACAUCCUGAGGAACGCCAUUUUACGUGUAUAAGAAUAUAUUGCGACAAUUCCAACUCUUAACAAACGUACACAUUUUACCGAUACGAUCAAGAGCUAUCAUUAAAGUCUUUUUGAGGUAGUAAUUUGUUCACGUGACGGGAUUAUCGGUUAUGUUACCUCGGGCAUCUGCGUACCUUCCAAUUAUACACAUGCAAAAUGGCUUCAUGUCAAUUCAGGUUAAUUUCAAGUGAAAUUUUCAGGUCAAAUUGUUCUGAAAAGAGCAAAAUAAGCAAUUAAUGUGAAAAAAUAGCUUAAAAUCAUGAAAUCGACCUUAAUUUGACAUGAAAAAAUCACGUCAAAUUCAGAUCAAUCUCAGGUCAAUAUUUGUUUUAGGUCAAAUUUAUCUCAACACAUUUUGCCUGGGUAUAUACGAUAAUUACUGUCGUUACCAUUGGAAAAUAUCAUGACAGGAACCGGAAGCUGUAUACGCGCCGCCUGGCGGACGUUUCGAGUCGACUUGUUGAAUAGAUACCAGAUAUGACGUGACAGUGGCAAGGUCGACUUGACGACCUUGGCUAGAGUGUAGCGCCUUUGUGACCUUCAAAGAAUGUAUACAAGCCUCCUGAUUGUUCAGAAGGUUUGUCAGCAACCAAUCAAAUCUCCUCAGUGAUCGAUGAUUCUGUUCUAAUAUUAUCACAACUGUGCAAAGGCAGGUUUGGGGAUUGAUGUUCUCAGAUUUUAAAUAUGACGUUGUAUGCAGUAAAUAAUUAAUAUUAGAACACUAAUAUUUAACAUUUUGUCUUCAAGCCAUGAUUUAUUGAUUUGUUGAUCGGCACCAUUGUUUUCAUUUGAUAUCUCAAAUAUUUUGAUAUUUCGCAUAUCCAAAACUUCUGAAUGGGCAGCAUGUGAAUCAAUACAUAUAAUGUUAUUCUGUUGUCGUUCGGACAAUCGGUCUGGUGGUAAUUUUCACAAUCCAUUAAAUUCAUUAAAUGAA